AUGGGAGGGAUCAGUGAUACGGCGGUGAAUAAAGAUGAUCUAAUUGCGCUGUCAUGCGUGUGCUACGUGUGCACGUAUGGCUUUCAUGACAGUCUUCAUGCGAUAUCCUCCGAUACGUAAAGACUUUACCCUAGGGUAUCGAAGGGUAAUGCAAACUACACCUGAUCACAGCAAUUAACCUUGGUCUAUAUAUUAACCUGGGUUCAGAAAUAAAGAACCGCAUAUGU